AUGGCUUCUGGAACAACCCCAACUGUCCGUAGAACCAGAUCACGGUUAGGUUGUUAUACGUGUCGACGAAGAAAGAAAAAAUGUGACGAGGAGCUGUAUCCUAUUUGUCAAAAUUGCCAGAGUAAAGGGUUAACUUGUGAGUGGCCCGCACGGAAACACGAGCUCAAUAGGUUACUUGAGCAAGUUGUGUAUGUCGGAGACAAGGCUGGGAGUAGUCGACGUGAAACCCCUCCAGGGGCCAUCAUGCGAGAGUAUAAGACUGUGGAUAAUGCGGUGACAAAGCGGCGUCUUAGUAGUCCCAUACGACGGCCACGACCCUUCUUUGAAGAGUUUCAAUCAACCCCUGACGUGCCACCACCACCACCAUCUUUGAAAAGAUCAUACUUUCUUGAAAAAAUUGCACUUCAAGAAGAUGUCACUGAUGAACCUCCUCAAAACGAACAAUAUCGGCAAGGUCAGAGAAUUGUCCCCAUGAUAAACCAUCAGGAUGAACAUAAUAGUGCUUUUUCUCUAGUACAAACAGAAACCUCACCACCAGAUCUACUACCUGAAGAAUUGGCACUUUUUGAUUUCAUUGAUGCCGAAUUUCUUGUUAAUGAAUCUAGUGCAAGAGAUUCAGAUUCACCCACCAAUGCUGCACACUAG